UUUGUGGUUUUCUUUUUUCACAUACGCUUUUUAUUUAAAUGCAGCUAAUUUAAACAGUGUUUGCUCAUUACAGCCCACUGACAAACUUACACUUUAUCCAUAUAUAUAUAUAUAAAUAUAUAAUGGUGGUGAUGAUGGUGCUAAUAAUAUAUUACCGACAUUAAUCCGGUUGUUUCCUGUUUUCUUGUGUUUUGUUUAAACCAAACAGUAAAUUAAAUAACUCUUAUUUAAAGUAACAUGCCUUCCUUAAAUGUUCCUCUUGAGAGUCAAAGCGAAAUGAAAAUUGUUAAUGAUGUUGCUUCCGAUAAAGAAAUUAAGUCUGUGGAUUCUUUAGAAACACCUAAAACAACAGAAUCACCUAAAAGUAUGAAAUAUAUUAGUUUGACCUCAUUAACUUUGCAAAAUGCCCUGCUUGCACUUGUUAUGCGAUAUGUGCGUACGAGACCAGGAGAUCUAUUCAUGUCAACCACAGCGGUGAUAAUGUCAGAGGUUUUGAAAUUCAUGACUUGUCUUGUCUUCAUUUUUAUCCAAGAAGGUAGCGUCUCAAAUUGGUUACGACAUUUGAAUGAGAACAUCAUCAAACAACCAAUUGAUUGUAUGAAAGUUUCCAUUCCAUCUCUUGUCUAUACGCUGCAAAAUAACCUUCUCUAUGUCGCUGUAUCUAAUCUGGAUGCUGCAACAUACCAAGUCACAUACCAACUAAAAAUACUGACCACAGCCAUGUUCUCGGUAUUUAUGUUGAACAAAAAACUUAGUCGUAUGCAAUGGGCCUCACUGGUCAUCUUGUUCAUGGGGGUCUCAUUCGUGCAACUCCAACCGGCAUCAUCUACAAAGUCUGCUGAUUCGACAACACAACAGCAACCCCUAAAAGGGCUCAUUGCUGUAAUCAUCUCCUGUAUAAUGUCUGGUUUUGCUGGAGUCUACUUUGAAAAAAUCCUCAAAGGAACCAAACCAAAUUUAUGGCUUCGCAAUGUUCAACUUGGCUUUCUAGGAACCAUCAUUGGAUUAAUCACAAUGGAAAUAAAAGACGGAUUCCAAGUGAAAGAGAAAGGAUUCUUCUUUGGUUACGACUGGGUUGUGUGGUUAGCAAUUUGUUUACAGUCAUUUGGUGGUCUUUUAGUAGCCGUAGUAGUGAAAUACGCUGACAAUAUUUUAAAAUGUCUGCUUUCCUGCUCACUAGUACUUUGGUCUUUGCUAGAUUAACUCUAGCUUAGAGUUAAUAAUCUUAGUGUCUAAAGCCCUUUGAUUCUAGGCCUUGGUUCUACAUCUGGAAUUUCUUCUCUAAUUCUACUAUAGAUUCAGCAAGCUCCUGUGGGUUUUAAAUUCCUCUGUUACUGUUAUAGCCUGGAGAACUACAAUAAGCAAGAGGGGUCUGAGAACCAAGUCUUGGUGAAUUCUUAUCUGCCACCUUACUUCCAGCACCCCUGUACAAGGCUUGGAUGGCUCUCACCAUCCACUCAUCUACCACUAGCUUCCACAGCAACCAGCAGAUGAGGGAGUGAGGGACCCUAUCAAACACUUUUCCAUGUCAACAAAUAUCAAGUACAGCAGUUUAGUUUUGGCUAAACACAUCUCUUGCAGUUGCCUUAUGAGGAAGCUGCAUCAGUCGUGCUUCUCCUUAGCACCAAACUGCAUCUGCAGUGUUAAUAAAGUAACUAUAUAUAUAUAUAUAUGCAAAUAUGUAUAUAUGUACAUUAUACAUAUACAUGUAUUAUGUGUGUGUUUGUGUAUAUAUAUAGACACACGUGUGUAUGUGUGUAUAUAUAUAUAUAUAUUUAUUUAUGUGUGUGUAUUUAUGUAUGUAUAUAUAUAUGUAUGUAUGUAUAUAUAUAUAUAUAUAUGUGUGUGUGUGUAUAGCAGAAUGGAACACAUCUCAUUCUCUAAGUUAGGAUCAACGAAGAUAAGAAUGAACGUGGGCAACUAAGAUAGAGAAUGUUAUACAGAUAUAUGUAUGCACGUACUUUGAAGAGGAUUGUUCAUUUUGCGGGGAGGGGCCUUUGCUACAGUUUGUUACAUGUUUCCCCAUCAUUCAACACAUUGAUUACUUAAUCAAAAGUUGGUCUUUUAAUUAUGUUUAAUAUGAAUUAAUAUGGUAGGCUUUUUUUUUUUUUAGGAAGAGAAGGAUAUUUUCCAAAUGUCUGUCGUUCAACUUUCUCUUCUAAUAAAAAUGAAAAAAUACAAAUUUUGGUGAUAAAAAAAUUUGAAGCGGUUAAAUUUAUCAUGUGAGGGAUUCCGAUUUUGUAUGGUCCAUGGUCUGUAAUCUGUGGACAACAUUGUAUAGUUUUAUGGUUUCUUUGAUUGUUCAAAUAUAUUUGAAGUCAAUCACUGUUUGUAGAAAUUUUUAAAAUACAAAAAAAAAAAAAAAGAAAAAACCUGAAAGAGUGUGGUUUGAAUCCAUGAAUCAGAUGAAUGAUUGGAAAAGUGGAACGAAAUAGGAACUGUGUGUGUGUAAUAGAUGUGUGUAUGUGGCCCAGACCCUCUAUUUGUUAAUAGUUGACUUUGGUGUAAAAUAUGGAACUACAUUUCGGAAUAAAACUAUUUUUAAAAAAAUUA